AUGGACGUGGUGCUAACCCUCACGAAUGCACGAGCCUUUAGUUCUGGACUCUUAGGCCGGCCAAAGAAGUUCUCCAAACUCGAUGUCAGCAGGCUGUAUUUUGGGAACUGGCUCCGCGAUUACUCCCAAGCAGUCGACGUGGCAUCUGUUCGCUUCGUGAGCGCAGAAGCUGUCGUACUCGUUGUCUGGAUCCUAGGGUUCAUGAGCUUCGGAUACGGAACGGGAGAAUUUGAAGUCACGAAAGAAAGGCUUGGAGUAUACAUACCUGCUGAGCACGUCGACAAUCCUCGAGGAUAUGCAGAUGGGCAGGAUGCGAGACAGUAUGAUCCAAGAUUGCGAGGACCUGUGGACGAGAGAAGGGAACUCAGUGUCGAUCCAAGAACGGGGAUGAAGAACUACAUUGCAAACGAGGAUAUCGGGAUCGCUACGAGCUCACGAUUAUGCAAGAGUAUCUUGCAGGACGCGAUCGAGCUCGGCAGGCGGUACAAGAGGAGCAACAAGGAUGAAGACUAUUUCGAGGCUUUGAGGCUACUUGGGACUGCUUGCCAUUGCCUGGAAGACUUCCUCGCCCACAGCAAUUACGCCGAGCUAGCUCUGCUUGAGCUGGGAGAGAGAAAUGUCUUUGCGCAUGUAGGUGACAGGACACAAAUGAGAAUCUCAGGUGUACGUCAUCCAGUGUAUCCUGUCACGACAGGUACAUUCGGAGGAGUGGACUUUCUCCAUUCCGUCAUGGGAGGGUUCACCGAUAAGAUGGAGGCUAGCGAGAUUGGAGACUUAGGCGACAUUGUGGCUGAAGCCCAGAAGAAGGAUACCAGUACGCUGAAAAGUCUGCUCAUGAAGCUACCGAGUAGCAUUUUCAGUGGGAGGGAUAGCAAUCCAGCACAACAAGCGGACCAACUGCAAGCGAACGCUCAGGCCCAGCAAAUGGCGAACUUGUCGGUGUCUCCGAGAGAUCCGAAGCAAAUCACGAUACAGAUGGAGAACCUCCGUCAACAGAUCUACCCAAUCCUCGAGUUCCACGAUCGAAUUAUGAAGGCUAUCUCAUCUGCAAUUAGCAAGAUCCCCAUCCUACCGGAUCUCCUCGACAAAAUUUCUGAACAGCUGAACAUCUGGGUGUUCACCUUGAUCGCGCCUUUUAUACUGCCCAUCAUUCGACAAGUCAAAAAGGAGGUGGAGGGAGGCUCUUCAGCAGUGAUCAAGUCAAGUAAGGACGCUCAGCACAUUGUGUUCAACGAUCCGUAUGCUACGGAUCCUACACAUAGUAUGUUGUCAAAAGACCACUUCAGCAAUGUGCUCAAUGAGCCUUGUGGACGCGCAGCGAUGGAUACGGUUGCUUGGAUUGUCCCACAGAUCGUUGAUGCAUGGGAUGAUGAUACAAUUGACUCGAGGCGAGUAGCUGCACGAAUUGUGGCGGGCGUAUUUCAUCAUCCUGCACAGCGCGGUAUGGCUUCAGAUGCGGCGGAGGGAAGAAUGGUCAUGUUUUCGAGUAUUGAAAAUUGGUGGAGAGGACUUAAAGAUAGGGAAAGGCAGGAAUUGAGAGCUAAGCUUUCGCGAGAGGGCGUACGUGCUUCGCGACAUCACAAGGAUGGCGUACAUGACUGCGGGCAUGGCGGCGGCAGACCACUUGGUAUGCCUGGUGUGGGCGCGGGGGCGAGGCCUCAGAUGCAGCAACAUCGUCCACGACCGCAGAGCAUACCGCCGAACAUGUCAAAUGGUAGCGGGCAAGGAGGCAGGACUUCUUCACCGGCUCGAAUUCAAGAAGCUCUAGGCGGUGGAGCACUCGGCGCGGCGGUCGGUGAUAUUCUUCUUCGCCCGGCCGCCGUCCUCAACAGCCGCACGCUGGUAGGGGCAGAACUCACGCGCGAGGCCAUCACAUGGGCGGGAGACAUCAUGCUCCUCCGCAGCCUCCGCGACCUGGGCAUGCUCAUCACUACCAUCCUCAACCACAUCCUGGUCCAGGUCCGAAUCGAGGUCGCGGAGGUGGAUUUCUGAACACUGUUCAGCAGCAUUGGCAACAGCACGGCAGUUACCAUCUGCCUGGCCAUGACCGGAGAAGGAAGCAUCGCGGGCAGUCCGGUCACGCGUUUCCAGGGUGGUGAGGAUGAAUUUCGAGGGACAAAAUGUGAACGCAUCAUCGCCGGGAUGCAUGCGCAUGAUCUCCAUUGCAAGCUUGGACGUAGCUCUGGCCAGCUUGGAAACCAAAUGACAGCGAAAGAUGAUUGAUCGCUGAG